AUGUCUGUAUUUCUCAGUAACUUAUCAACAAAUGACUCUAGCCUGUGGAAAGAAAAUCAUAAUUCGACAGAUCUUUUAAAUCCGCCAGGAACCGUGAAUAUAUAUCUUUUUUGCCUGACAUGCUUAAUGACUCUCGCAGCCCUGGCAGGCAGCAUUUAUUCACUAGUUUCCCUAAUGAAAACGCGGAACAGAACUGUUGUGUCCAUGCUUGUGGCUUCCUGGUCUGGGGAUGAUCUCAUGAGCGUCUUGUCGGUGACCAUCUUCAUGUUUUUGCAGUGGCCAAAUGAGGUCUCUGACUACUUCCAGUCUCUGUGCACCACCUCUGCCUUACUAUAUUUAUGCCAGGGCCUCUCGAGCAACUUGAAGGCGACUCUCUUAGUCUCCUACAACUUUUACACGAUGCACAGGGCUGUGGGGAGCCAGGCAGCCUCCAGAAGAUCCGGCCAGGUGCUCGGCGUGGCGCUGACGGUGUGGGCAGCCAGUCUGCUGCUCUCCGCGCUUCCUCUGUGCGGCUGGGGCGCCUUUGUACGCACGCCUUGGGGCUGCCUGGCCGACUGCUCCAGCUCCUACGUGCUGCUACUUUUCGCUGUGUACACUUCGGCCUUCGGACUCCUCGCCGGCCUCUCGGUCCCCCUCACUCACCAGUUGCUGUGUUCGGAGGAGCCACCAAGACUCCACGCCAACUACCAGGAAAUUUCCCGCGGAGCUUCCACUCCAGGGACCCCUUCAACGCGGGGGAGAGUGCUUUCCCCGUCCCCAGAUGAUGCUCCGGGCCCGGCCCUGCGGUGCUCGGGAGGAUGCUCCCCGAGCUCGGACACCGUGUUUGGACCGGGUCUGCCCGCGAGGGCAGGGCUGGGGCCGGGGCGCGGUGCUACCGCUGUGGCUGGAGCCUGCAGGCGUGAGGACCGGGGGACUCUCUAUGGCACCAGGAGCUUCACCGUGAGCGUAGCGCAGAAGCGCUUUUCUUUGAUCUUAGCGAUGACAAAAGUCACCCUUUGGCUACCCAUGAUGAUCCACAUGGUGGUCCAGCACGUCGUGGGGUUUCAGAGCCUUCCCUUUGAGACGCUCAGCUUUCUGCUAACCCUCCUGGCCACCACUGUAACUCCAGUGUUUGUCUUGUCCAAACACUGGACACACUUGCCCUGUGGCUGCAUCAUCAACUGCAAGCAGAACACAUAUGCAGUGACGUCUGAUGGGAAAAAACCCAAGAGGAGAUGCUUUGAAUUCAAUCUAUCAUUUCAACGAAGUUAUGGAAUUUAUAAAAUAGCACAUGAAGAUUACUAUGAUGAUGAUGAAAAUUCAACAUCCUAUCACAAUCCCAUGAACUAUGAGUGCAAAACUACAAAAGACUCUCAGAGAGACUCUCAUAAUGUAUUCAAUGCCAUAAAGGUGGAAAUCAGCACCACGCCCUCUCUGGACAGCUCCACACUAAAAGGCAUCAACAAAUGCACAAACACUGAUAUUAUAGAUGCUAAACAGGAUUCCCACAAUGAAAAGGGUGUUGAUCCACUGCUCUCUGAAAAAACAGAAGGUGAUAUUAAAUAUGAUGAAACCACCCUUUUGGAAGGGCCAGAAAGAAGACUUUCUCAUGAGGAGAGUCAGAAACCAGACCUUUCAGACUGGGAAUGGUGUAGGAGUAAAUCAGAAAGAACCCCUCGUCAGCGUUCCGGUGGUGCCCUGGCCAUUCCCCUAUGUGCAUUCCAGGGGACCGUGUCUCUCCAAGCCCCAACCGGGAAAACCCUAUCUCUUUCUACCUAUGAGGUGAGCACAGAAGGACAAAAAAUUACCCCAGCCUCUAAGAAGAUAGAAGUCUAUCGAUCCAAAAGUGUUGGCCAUGAACCAAACUCAGAAGAUUCUCCCUCCACAUUUGCGGACACCAGCGUGAAAAUACACUUGGAGGUUCUUGAAAUUUGUGAUAAUGAAGAGGCCUUGGACACGGUGUCAAUUAUUAGCAACAUCAGCCAGUCCUCCACACAGAUCAGAUCUCCUUCCCUACGCUACUCACGGAAAGAAAACAGAUUUGUUUCAUGUGAUUUAGGGGAAACAGCCUCAUAUUCUCUCUUUUUACCCACAAGUAAUCCUGAUGGUGAUAUCAACAUCUCCAUUCCAGACACUGUUGAAGCACACAGGCAGAACAGUAAAAGGCAGAGCCAAGAGAGGGACGGCUACCAGGAGGAAAUCCAGUUGUUAAAUAAAGCUUAUAGGAGAAGAGAAGAAGAAAGCAAGGAUAACUAG